ACCUAGUGCCAGUCUUCGCUCCUCGUUUGAUUGAAAAGGUGAAUCUUCUGUGCAGUUUGUGAAAUUUUUUUUGAAGUUUAACGCCCAAAUUUUUCAUUUUUAACCAUGUUAAUCAAAGUAAAGACAUUGACAGGCAAAGAGAUUGAAAUCGACAUAGAGCCUACAGAUAAGGUUGAACGUAUAAAAGAAAGAGUAGAAGAAAAAGAAGGAAUACCCCCUCCUCAACAAAGGUUGAUCUUCAGUGGAAAACAAAUGAAUGAUGAAAAAACAGCUGCAGACUAUAAAAUCCAAGGUGGUUCUGUUCUUCAUCUCGUUUUGGCCUUGAGAGGAGGAAGAAUAUGCUGAAAAAAUCCUUAUAAAUAGCAAGAAACAAAGAUCAGUCAAAAAAUAAACAACUGUCCAAAGGGGGGAGGGGUAAUGUUAGCUGUUGAUGGCAUAUAAUAUUAUGAGUAUGGAAAACUAGUUAGUGAUCAAGUAAUUUCUAAAGUUUUAUCAUGGUUUUUGAAAUGAAUUUUGUUUGACAAUAAGUACUGAUAAUCACUUUCCUUCUUCUAACAAUAUAUGACAUAUAUAUUUGUAUUUUUUCUUCAAAACACGUAAAACACAUAAAAUGUAAUGAGGAGUCUCAACAUCCAUAUGAAUUAUGUAUUGGCACACAUGAGAUAUAAUAAUGUUUUAUAUCUUAAUUUGUAUUUAUUUUUCACAAUUUAGAAAUAAAAAAUUGUUCUUUUGUUCCA